CAUGUACCGUAAAUAUGUAAAUUGUAAUCUACUAAUGUAACUAGUACUAGUUCUACUCCUACACCACCCCACCCAUCCACCACUCCCUCAACACUCAACAGCCCUCUUCUCCCUCUUUCACAAACCAAAAAAGAAGACACACAACAACAAACCCCUAGCUCUCUCUCUCUCUCUCUCUCUCUAACCAUGAAACCCCACCAACCAAAGCUCAAAACCCAACUCUUCUCCUGCGGCUUCUUCCGCCAUUGCACCCAGACUGUCCUCAGCCCCACCACCCCCCAUCAGCAACAACCCGAAUCCUCUUCCUCCUCCUCCUCGUCCUCCGCCUCUCAAAGCUUCACUCAGUGGCGUUUUCCUCUCCCAAACUCCCUCAUCCACCUCACCACCCCAAUCUCCCAAUCCGAACCCGUCUUCCAACCCGACCCGCUUCCACCCACAAACAACGUGGGCGCCAACCUCCAAGAGCUCUUCCAUGCUGCGGAGCUCCAGCUCAGCUCCGGCUCCGAUUCGGAUCGGGUGACCGCGCUCCAAUUAUUAGAGCGGUCCUUGGUGCCCGACCCGCCUGUAGAACCGGAAUGCCCGCCCGGGCUGAUGCGUGGGGUGGUGGAUAAUUUGAGGAGCAAGCCGGGGGCAAAACCGGCAUCAAAGAUUUUGCUGGCGCUGUGCCUGGCGGAGGGCAACCGGCGCGUGGCGGUGGAGGCGGGGGCGGUGGCGGCGGUGGUGGAGGUCAUGGGCCGGGCCUCCGCGAGGGAGAAGGAGUACGCUAUAAGCGUGCUGGCGGUGAUCUACGGCGGCGCGUCGGCGACGGAGGCGGAUGGAGGGGAAGAGGUAGUGACAGCGCCGCCGGAGGAGGUGGCGCGUGCAGUAGCAUUAGCUCUGCAGGGCGAGUGUAGUGCUAGGGGGAGGAGGAAGGGGGUUCAGCUCCUUAAGACGCUCCAGGAUAGUGGCCAGAGCCAGACGACUGUCGUUUGAACUUUUUUUUUCUUUUCUUUUUUUAAAUAAUAGUAAUAUUUCUGUUUUAUUUUUAUUUUAUUAAUUCGGGAAGGGGACAAAGAAAAGAAAAAGAGUUAAUUAGGUGCAUAAAUUGUAGUGUGUAGAGAUGUGUAGUUAGAGGCGACUAUUUGGAAAAUGUUUUUAUCUCAUUCUCACUUA